AGGGCGGGUGCUGGGAGCGGCGGCGUCUCUUGGUCCGGGCGAGGGGGGAAGGAGCGAGCCGGCGCUGCCGGCCGGGUAGGGGGAGCAUGGCGCUGUCGAUGCCGGUGAACGGGCUGAAGGACGGUGACAAGGAGCCGCUUAUCGAACUCUUCGUCAAGGCUGGCAGUGAUGGUGAAAGCAUAGGGAACUGUCCCUUUUCCCAGAGACUCUUCAUGAUUCUGUGGCUCAAGGGAGUAGUGUUUAGUGUCACAACCGUUGACUUGAAGAGGAAACCAGCAGACCUUCAGAACUUGGCUCCAGGGACUCAUCCACCCUUUAUUACCUACAAUGGUGAAGUGAAAACAGAUGUGAACAAGAUUGAAGAGUUCCUUGAAGAUGUCUUGUGUCCACCCAAGUACUUAAAGCUUUCACCAAAGCACCCAGAAUCAAACACCGCUGGAAUGGACAUCUUUGCCAAAUUUUCUGCAUUUAUCAAGAAUUCCAGACCAGAGGCCAAUGAAGCUUUGGAACGUAGCCUCUUGAAAACUCUGCAGAAACUGGAUGAGUACCUGAACACUCCUCUCCCUGAUGAGAUAGAUGAGAACAGCAUGGAGGAUAUCACAGUUUCUACCCGCAAGUUUCUGGAUGGCAACGAGAUGACAUUAGCAGACUGCAAUCUGCUACCUAAACUACACAUUGUCAAGGUGGUUGCCAAAAAAUAUCGCAAUUUUGAUAUUCCCAAGCAAAUGGCAGGGAUUUGGAGAUACCUGACUAAUGCCUACAGCAGGGAUGAAUUCACCAAUACUUGUCCCGGAGACAAAGAGAUUGAAAUAGCUUACAGCGAUGUAGCGAAGAGACUCACUAACUAAACAGCACUUGCAAAAGAGAUGACUUCUCACAUAUUCCAUAACAGAAUGCUUCUCCUAACAGACUGCUCUUUUGCAUAUAAAAUAACAAUUUAUUUUGCAUGAAUUUGCAGUUAUUCAAUGUUACGUUGGAUAGAGCAGGUACAGUAAUUACCUAAAAUUUGCAAAACAGGAGUAAUGAGGCUUGGUUUUCUUUACCUUCUUUAGCAGCAAAUAUGAAGAUUAUCAUUAAUACAGUUUGUGUUUAAUGUUGCAUUGGGGUACCCUAAACACCCCAGCAUAAAGGGUUAUUUUCCUCCACUCCUUUUCUUUAUCUAUUAACUAUAGCUAAACUUGCAAACAUUUGGUCCAUUUCUGUGUAGACACUCUUUUGAAAUUCACUAAUUGGUCCACAAUCUUCUCUUGGUAUAUGGUACAAGAAAUAUUUAUGUAUUUUGGAAUUUACUACUUCUUAAAGGUUUGCAUAUAGGAUAAAAUAGUUAUCUACAACAUAUUGAUCUGUACCUGCUUGUCUAUCCCAGUCGUAUACCAAAGGAUCUUAUUUCCAAAAAAGCCUUUUGCAGAAUACUUGGCAAUAUAUAUAUAUAUAUUUAAAAAAAAACAAGAAAAAAAAAUACUGUUAAAUAACUGUUGGAUUACAAACAAACAAACACCCCCCCCCCCCCCGAAAUAUGGCCACCACAGACCCAGAUAUGAAUGCCCCAAACUGCGGGAGUUGGGAUCUUGGUCUGAAUUUUGUUUAGGGGCUUCUCAGAGAAUGUGUUUAGGUCUGGGCCUUCUGGAGCCCAAUGAGCACUAGUAAUGGUUGGUGCUGUCUAAACUGAGUUUUGGGUCACACCAGAUAGACAGUUAGCAGAAGGUCAUUUUGAUGGCGCAUCAUGAAGAAACCAAAAGAGCUAGACACCCACCAUUGGUUCAUUUUAAGAACUGCAAGUGGCUGCUUUUUUGGUAGUAAAGAGCCUUUGUUCUGUGUAGGUCGUCUUAGUAACAUUUAUUUAGGAAAACUGUGCUGUCGUAAACAAUGUACAUGUAAACUUUAGGGUUCUAGUUGACAAAUAGCUACUGUAUAUGAUAGCUAGGAGUGCAAUGAUUAGCAAUGCAAGACUGACACACACACAGCAACUAGAGUAGAAAUCUUGCUGAGAAUUUUUUAAAGAUUUUUUUUUCUGAAGCAUGUGUAAGUGACCUUUAAAAGCGAAUAUUUGCCUUAACAUACAAUAUGCAUUUUUCUAAAUGAAAAGCCCUCUCUUGUUUUCUCUUUAAAAAUAAUGCUCUGUGAAGUGCCAGCCUUUCUAGGAAUUAAUUUAUCCCCUGACAGUCACUUGUCUACAUACCUGGACGGCAAUUUUGCAUAACCGUAAUCAUUGCACUACUCUACAUUUAGGUUUUCUGCAGCAACACUGAGGAAUAGCACUGCAAUUUUUUAAAAAGCUAUUUUCAAAUAUUUCUAAACCAGGGAAUAGUUUUCUUGUUUAAUACAAAAAGGCAAGGUUUUGAGGCAUGAAAUAAAUUACUAGGUUAUUUUAGAGGCCAUCAAACCCUACUCCAAAGAGCAUUAACCUAUUUUUUGUGAUGAUACUUUUUUAUAUUUAACUGAUUUUAGAAGUCUGGAAAGUGCUAUUCCUUGUAGGUUGUUUUUCUGAUAUUAAACCUACUGCAAUAACACGACAAUGCUCCCAGAAACACACUUUUUUACACUAACAUUUUGGUAAGCACUAGUUUUAUGAAAAACAGCACGACUUUCUAAGCAUCCUGCUUUUGCUACUUCAUAUAUCCAUAAAGUUAGCUUUAAAUAAGUAAUAGAGUACUCCAUCUUUGUAUACGUGGCUUGUGGUGCCUUUGUCUUGCCUUCUUAGGUCUAGAAUUCCAUUAUUGUAACAACUCUCAAUUGUUACCUGUCUCUUCAGACAGUGAUCGAUACACUUAAAAUCAAACCCUAUUAUGAUUUAUUGCAGAGGUGUUCAGGAACUGAAAGGAAAAUCUACAGAGCAGCCGGGUUAAAAAUGAUCUGUAGCCUUUUUAUAUUCACUGUAUCCUAAAGGCCCAUUCACACCAUGAAUAAAGUUUGUCUAGCAGUAAAAAUCUUCUUUAGGGGUUUAAUACUUGCCAGUGCUACAUUCAGAGAGAAGAAUUAUUUCAUUUUUUGUCAGAUUAAAACAUGGUUUUGUUUAGUUGUUAAUAACAGAAGGAGGGUAACAAUGGAAGUUUAUUGGUUUGGUGCUUUUUGCCUUUGUAUAGCUUAAAAUGCUCAACUAAAAAUGGAAUAUAGGAAUCAGUUUAAUUUUGGGUAUGGCUUAGUCAAUUGAAAUUAAUAAUCUAUAUUAAACUUAGAUCAGGAUGGCCCUUUGGAGUUGUUUUUUAAUUAGUGAUCAGGCCCGAUUUUUUUUGUAAACAAAUUAGGCACCCUGUAUGCACACAGCUUGUGUGUGUGCUGGGUAACCGUGGAUGAGCAUGAUCAUAAUUAACCAUUUGUAUAUACAGUGACCACAGUUGAGUGUACAAACUUGGUAACUGCCCACAAAAGAGCAGGCAUAUCCACACUUACCUUGUUACAAUAUCAGGCCUGUAGUCUAGUAUAAACCAUAGAUGCUUUGUAAUUUCCCUUCAAUAAUCUCUUAAUUAUUCUCAAAACAUGGAUGUUGAAUAUAAUAUGCUACAACUAAGUAAUUUUAAUGGCUGACGUGGUUAAAAGCUUGGGAACCAAGUUAAAGCUCUUGCUGUCUCUGGCACCCAUUGAUGUAUUUCUUGUCUCAAUACAAUGAGCUAUUGAGUGUCAGAGAUUGGACGGCAACUAAAAGAACGCGCUUUUCCCUUCUAGUCAAAGCUCAAACGAGGCUCUGGUUGGUUAGUAACUGAAAGGGGAUAUGCCAUGUGGUGGCCGCUUGCUGACCUCUGUGAAAUGCGUUGCUGUCUUUCUGAUUUCCUAGGGGAUGGGUAUCUGCAUUGCAUUGCAUCACUAUCGCUGUCCCACUUGUUGGCAUCCUCAGCAGAGAGGCCAAGAACUUAGUAGAGACUGAACAGCUUUUGCCUCUACAGGUCGUCUCUGCAGGUCAGACCCGCAGGGCGUUGGCAGGGUGAUGUGUGGUGGGAUUAGCCAGCUGGGGUAUAUGUAUACUACGGAAAGAGGACUUCAGUCUGACCCCAAUGACCAGCACUGACAGUAACCCUUAUUAAUGGGAAACUCCCUGUCCCCAUUCCCUCCCGCUUUGACUGGAGAACAAGGUAUACACGUGAAUUUGUUUUUUAAACAAAGUUUUCCUUUCUGGAAAAGACUUCCUACAUGUGCAAAACUGUUUGAGCGGGAUGCAUGUGAACCCUUGAAACGAUUUCAUGCACUCCAAACAUUUCCUAUGUGUCUGUUUUUCUCUGGCACUCAAAGUCCCACAUGGACUACUGCAGCCGUGUAGUUGCAUAAUUAUAUUUUUCCCAUAAAAUUGGUAAUUUUCUGGAACGGGUCUGUCUAAACUGAUUGAAAAGACGUGUGUGCAGUUCCUUGAUAAGAAAAAAGAUUAAAUCAGCUUUCUAUGUUAAGGAAGCAAAUUAGCUUUUCAUAUCAAAGGAACAGACACAUGAAAAAAAACUGACUGUGUUGAGCCAAACCAUGAUAUCUAGCUCCAUAGAACACAGUGGCUAAGAACAGCAAAAUGUAUUCUGCCAUUCAGAUAAUGAUUUGAACGUGUUAAAUGAGAAUCUUCGGAACAAAACUUUAUCUCUCCCAAGUCAGCCCACUUAGCUUGUGACACUAAUUCUUGUCUUUUGUAUGUGAGUGGGAUGAAGUGGAGUGAGAUGCAAACUCCCAGAACUGAACAUCUGGAAUUGGAGCAUGGCAUGCAGAAAUACUUGACAAGUCCAUACAGUUUAUUGUAGUAUGCUUUAUGUCUUUGGAUCAUCUUUUACAGAUAUACCAGUAUAUUGCUGGCAGCUAAAAAUAAAAUUAUAUUUUCACUACCAA